UUCCGGGCGUUCCUGUACCUGCUGGGACUCUUGUGGUGCUUCGCAGGGGUGUCGAUCCUCAGCGAUGCCUUCAUGGCGGGGAUUGAAAGAAUAACCAACACAACGUACAAGAAGAGGGUGUUGAGGAAGGACGACAACGGGCAGACUGUCACGGACGAUGGUGGCAAUCCGGUUUACGAAGAGGUAGAGAACCUAAUCUGGAACCCAGCGGUUGCCAACUUGACGCUCAUGGCCCUCGGGUCGUCGACCCCUGAGAUCCUGCUGGCCGUGAUAGAGAUCUGCUUCUCGGGUUUCUUCUCGGGUGACCUCGGCCCGGGCACGGUGGUGGGGUCGGCCUCCUACAACCUCAACAUCAUCACCGCAGUCUGCAUGCUGGCACUGCCUGCCGGAGUCGGGCGCAAGGUCGACAACAUGACUGUGUUUCUUCUCACAAGUAUGUCCUCCGUCCUGGCUUACCUGUGGAUGUACAUAUCUGUCUCCGUCUGGACUCCCAACGUGGUGACUGUGGAGGAGGCGGCUGUUACCUUCGGGAUGUUCCCCGUGCUUACCCUCCUGGUAUACUUGGCUGAUCGAGGAUACUUCAGCUUCAGCGCCAAGGUCGCUCCGUCCGAUGGGACCAAGGAUACUGUGGCUCCAGAUGCGAACAUGGAGCAGAUCAACGCUCGAGCCAAGUACAGGCAUCAGGCCCUUGGGGCGCUGUCGGCAGCGAAGCCGAAGCAGGUUGAAAACGAGUUCCUGAGGAGAAGGUCCAGCAUGAUCUCGCAGGACCUGUCCUACUUCCAGUUCCCCGCGGAGGAAUACUCCUUCCUCGAGACGGCAGGGGAAGUCUUCGUGCCCAUCGUGCGAUAUGGCAACGUGGACUGUGCCACGACAGUCAGUUAUGAGACGGUUGACGGGACGGCCAAGGCGGGCAAGUCGUACCAGAGCACAAAGGGGACUGUCUCCUUUGCGGAGGGGGAAGUAGAGAAGACGAUCCCACUGACGAUCAUCCAUGAUGACGAGUGGAACGAGGACCUCAACUUCUUGGUCAAUCUGACGGUAGAUGAUCAGCAGUCCAGGCUGGGGCUGCGGGACAGCACCAAGGUAACCAUCAUCGACAUGGACGGGCCCGGGGUCUUCGAGUGGUCUGACGAGGACCCCAAGUCCUGCACGACGGAGGAUGCGGAGGUGACCCUAUUCGUUCAGCGGCUCAAGGGGAGCCGAGGAGACGCUCGGUUGCGGGUCAGGACGGUGGACGACACUGCCAAGGCUGGGUUCCACUACGAUGCCAUCGAUGCGGUCCUGGAUUGGAGUGACAACGAGAUUCUCAAGCACCUUUGCUUCUAUGCAGAGAUGAAGUUGGAGGACAAGGAUAGUGGCGCCUCUGUGGGGCAGAAGAGCAGGAUCGAGAUUCGCAUCUCCCCAGCAGACAUGUCGAUCGAGGAGUUGACAUGGUCCAUGCAGUUUCGGCAGGCGCUGACGGUCAACGGGGGAGAAAACCUCGAGGAUACGACUAACACCGAGCUGACGGUCCACUACAUCACCUUCAUCUGGAAGUUCUUUGCUGCUUUUAUUCCUCCUCCUCAGUACUGGAACGGCUGGGCAACUUUUAUAGUUGCCCUUGUCAUGAUCGGACUUGUCACGACGCUCAUCUCCGACCUCGCCUCCUUGUUCGGCUGUGUCGUCGGGCUGGAGGAUGCCGUCACUGCCAUCACCAUCGUCGCCCUCGGCACGUCGCUGCCCGACACCUUCGCCUCCAUGCUGGCGAUCUCGUCGGACAACAAUGCCGACAACGCCAUAGGCAACAUCACAGGAAGCAACUCGGUCAACGUCUACCUUGGCCUGGGGCUUCCUUGGCUCAUCGCUGCCAUCUACUGGUCUAGCGGAGGGUUCGUCGUGAUCGGAGGGAGCCUGGGGUUCAACACCAUCCUCUUCGUAGGUCUAACCGUCAUCUCCUUUGCCAUCCUCUUCGUCCGCCGCGCCUACUUCGGCUUCGAGCUCGGCGGGCCCAAGUGGGCCAGCGUCCUGUCAGCAGUCCUCUUCAUCACCAUAUGGAUCGUCUACCUUGUCGUCAACAGUCUACAAGUCUAC